UCCUCUUCCUCCUCCUCCUCGGAAACGGGAUGUGAUGUAAAUACACAGUAACUUUGUGUGUGUUCCUCUGGACUGAGCAGAACUUUUCCUCUCAACUCUCGGAUCCAGGAGAAGAAGCGGAAGGAAACUUUCAACUCUAAACUUUAAACGACACAUCAGGAGAACAGAGAACCGGCGGAGACACGAAGUGACCGUUACUUUGCUCCACCAUGAUCCGGUGAGUGUGCUCCGUCUGCCCGACAACAGAGCACCGAGCUGCGGCCGCCGGAGGAGGAAGAGGAGGGAGAGGAGGAGGAAGAGGAGGAAGAGAGAGAGAGAGAGAGAGGGAGAGAGAGAGAGGGAGAAGCUGCUGCUGUGGACAAACUGCGGACAGAGAUGUAGCUUGUGCGUUGGUGUGAUCGGCGGACCAUCAUGCACCUCUUCCUGCUGCUGAUCCUUCAAGCCACAGCAGCCUCCGGACAGAUCGACCCCACACAUUGUCGCUAUGCUUUGGGCAUGGAGGAUGGACGGAUCAAAGAUGAUGACAUCACUGCAUCCAGCCAAUGGUACGAGACCACAGGACCACAUUACGCCAGGCUGAACCGGGAGGAGGGCGAAGGCGCCUGGUGUCCCGAGGGACAGCUGGAGCCUUCAGACAGUCAGUACCUGCAGGUGGACCUGGGCAGACUGACCUUCCUCACCGUGGUCGGGACUCAGGGACGAUACGCCAGAAGCUCCGGGAACGAGUACGCCCGAGCUUAUCGCCUGAACUACAGCCGGGACGGUCUCCUGUGGAAGUCCUGGAGGAACCGGCUGGGAAACACGGUGAUGGAGGGCAACAAAAACGCCUACACCUCUAUCAUCAACGACCUUCACCCGCCAAUCAUCACCCGCCACGUCCGUCUGAUCCCCGUCACCAAGCUGUCGACCACGGUCUGCAUGAGAGUGGAGCUGUACGGCUGCCCGUGGGACGACGGUCUGAUCACCUACGGAGCGCCAGAGGGUCAGCUCAUGAUGCCGCCGGGUUAUCCCAUCGCCAGCCUCAACGACUCCACGUACGACGGAGCGCACGAGAGGAGGAGGCUGAUGGGUGGGCUGGGUCAGCUGACGGACGGUGUGAUUGGCCUGGACGACUUCCUGCUGACGCGUCAGUACCACGUGUGGCCGGGCUACGACUACCUGGGCUGGAGGAACGACUCGCUGGGAACUCAGGGAUACGUGGAGAUGGAGUUUGUGUUCGACCGACAGAGGAACUUCACCUCCAUGAAGGUUCACAGUAACAACAUGUUCUCCCGCGGCGUGAAGAUCUUCUCCUCCGUCUCCUGUUGGUUUAAGCCCCGCGUCAUCGCUGGCUGGGAGGCGGAGCCUGUGGCAUUCAAGACAGUGCUGGAUGACAGGAACCCGAGCGCCCGCUAUGUCACCGUGCCGCUGAACCGCCGUACCGCCAAGUCACUCCGCUGCCGCUUCUACUUCGCCGACGUCUGGAUGAUGUUCAGCGAGAUCUCCUUUCAGUCGGAAGACACCGUACUCCCAACCCAGAUGACCCUGGUGGUGACCUCCACUCCAGCCACUGAGACGAGCACCAUGACGAACACAUCAGGGACGAUGGAUCCAUCCACUGAUCCCCCCGACGACGGGAACACACCCAUUCUGAUUGGCUGCCUGGUGACCAUCAUCCUGCUGUUGGUCAUCAUCAUCUUCCUCAUCCUCUGGUGUCAGUACGUCUGCAAGGUGCUGGAGAAGGCUCCACGUCGGAUCCUGGACGAGGAGGUGACGGUUCGACUGUCGUCCUGCAGUGACACCAUCAUCCUACAGACCCCCCCGGUGCCCCCCCGCUCUGGACACGGCCCUGCAGGCUCCACCAGCACAGACCCCCACUACGAGAGGGUCUUCCUGUUGGACCCACAGUACCAGAACCCGGCGGCGCUGAGGAACAAGCUGCCUGAGCUGUCGCAGAGCGCCGAGGCCUCAGCUCUCCUUCUGGGUAAUCCUCUCUAUGACCUCCUCCUGCUCACUUCCUGUCACAUGACGUCAGGCUGGCUGCGUGCGUGUGGCGGAGGAUACGCUGAGCCUGACGUCACCCAGUGCACACCGCACCAGUGUUUCCAUAACAGCGCGCCGCACUACGCCGAGACGGACAUUGUGCGGCUGCAGGGCGUCACCGGCAGCAACAUGUACGCCGUGCCCGCCCUCACCGUGGACUCUCUCACCAGGAAGGACAUCUCGGCUGCCGAGUUUCCACGGCAACAGCUGAUCUUCAGGGAGAAGCUGGGGGAGGGUCAGUUUGGAGAGGUCCACCUGUGUGAGGCGGAGGGACUCCCAGAAUUCCUUGGGGAGGGGUCGCCCCUCCCUGACCGAGACGGCCACUCGGUGCUUGUGGCUGUGAAGCAGCUGAGGGCCGACGCCACCAGCCAAGCCAGGAACGACUUCCUGAAGGAGAUCAAGAUCAUGUCUCGUCUGAACGACCCAAACAUCAUCCGGCUGCUGUGUGUGUGUGUGUCGUCCGACCCGCUGUGCAUGGUGACCGAGUACAUGGAGAACGGAGACCUCAACAUGUUUCUGUCGCAGCGAGAGAUUGAGAGCACGCUGACACAUGCCAACAACAUCCCUUCAGUCAGUCUGUCCGACCUCCUCCACAUGUCGGUGCAGAUCUCCUCGGGGAUGAAGUACCUGGCAUCUUUGAACUUUGUGCAUCGAGACCUGGCCACUAGAAACUGCCUGCUGGACCGUCGCCUCACCAUCAAGAUCGCCGACUUCGGGAUGAGCCGAAACCUCUACAGCAGCGACUACUACCGCAUCCAGGGCCGGGCGGUGCUGCCCAUACGAUGGAUGGCGUGGGAGAGCAUCCUACUGGGUAAGUUCACCACGGCCAGUGACGUGUGGGCGUUCGGUGUGACGCUGUGGGAAAUCUUCACUCUGUGCAAGGAGCAGCCGUACAGCCUGCUGUCGGAUGAACAGGUCAUAGAGAACACUGGCGAGUUCUUCAGGAACCAGGGCAGACAGAUCUUCCUCUACGCCCCUCCUCUCUGCCCACCCUCUCUCUUCGAGCUGAUGAUGUGUUGUUGGAGUCGAGAUAUCCCCAACCGACCGUCCUUCGAGGGACUUUACCAAGCCCUGAGGCCCCACGUCAGCCAGUGAGCCGAGGCCGCUGGGAUGUACCGCUCUGGCUCUCCUCGGCAACACAUUUGUUUGUUUCUGGACUCCUGGAAACCGACAGACUGACGUGUUGUGAGAGCGAGUCUCAGUCAGAGGAAGGCGACAGAGCCAAAGGUUGGUUUGCUUUGUGGGAAUAGCUGCGCACUAUUCUGAGGGACAAGAUGGAGAUGGGAAGGGGAAAUAAAAGGCUGGUGGACUCAGAGGAGGAACGUUCCACGAGAACCUUUCAGUCAUAGUGAACAAAGAUUUUUAAGCUUUUUACAGAUUUCUGUCAAAGUCAGUUUCAAAGUUUCAUCCAUCUCAAGCCUCUUUGACCAAAAUUUCUUGUCGGACCUUUUGACAAAUCUUCUUUUCUUCUUGUUAUGGUGCCAAAGGUGCCUUCAACUUUAUUUCCCUCCUCUUCAGUCCUGGUAGUUUCUCCUGUCCCUGUGGUUUUUAUUAUUAUUGUUAAGCACUGUGUCUGUGUCUCAGUUAUUCCUGUUCAUAUAUUAACCCACACUGGAGCUAGGGUUAGGGUGAAGUUGUAGUGUAGGAUUUUAUGUUUUAAGAUUUUUAUUCAGUUUUAUUGUUUUCCUGGUUUAUUGUAUUUUCACGUGGUGUUUUUUGUGGAUGUUGUCCAGCUGAGGUCGAUCAGUGUCACACGGCUGCGGUGAAACCUGUGUCAGUAACUGUGGCUCAUUAGCGAAAGAAAAACUGUCCGAGGUUGAAACCAAAUAAGAAAAUGCCAAAGUAACGAAGGAGGAACAAAGAUCGUUUAAAUGUUAAAAUAAUGACAUUUUUGUAGUAAAAUGAUGAAACUCAUCCUCGUGUAGUGACUUGUGACAAAAUAUCGUAUCAAUCACAUCCAAAACUGGAUGUUUUUAUCCAAAGUGCCUUACAUUUGUAGGAGGUGUGUUCGACCUCCCAGCCACAUUAACAACUCGGGUUCUGAAGCUGUGGAGGAAUCAAACCUCAACGUCACGGUAUCAUCUGUGUCUGUGGGAGUCCAUCGGCCUUGUUCUUGAGUUAGCUUGUGGCUUGUGUUAGCCAGUUAGCCACAGAUCAGUAGGAUCAUGAAAUAUGAAGUCAGUCGUAAAACCAAAUGUUCAAAUCAAUUAUGAUGAUAUUCACCAAACAGAAUGGGCCUCCAGUUAGCAGUUAGCUCAUCACGUAGCUCCCCCCACGUUGACAGUAUUAUAGUUAGACUAGGUUUGGUAUUAUGUUGCUGCUGCAGCCAAUCCAGCCACAUUGAGGUAAGAUUUCAACAACUGGAGAAGAGGCUUAAUGUCCAUCGCUGCCUGUACGUAGCAGAGCUGCUGUGUUCGAGCGGGACCCUGGGGUCUGAGGGCCUGAGGAGCUGAUCCACCUUAAACAGAUGAAGAUCUCACCUGUCGCUCACUUCAUCAAACAGCCAAUCACUGCGGCACCUUUCAGGCCCGAUCCUCUCAAGGAGGUGAUUUCAGAAAAUACAGAUUCCGUUUGUAAAUCAGCCGCGAUGACUUGUCAACGAGAUGUUUCUUGAAUCUCAAUGAAUUUUUACUGCCUAACAUUUGAAAGAGUCGUGUUAAUGCAGAGAAAGAGGUGAUGGUGAUGUUACACAUGUUUCGCAGGUUUUACCUUUUUAUUAAGUGUUAAACAAGUAAAACCAAAUGUUCAACAUUUUAUUACAGAUAAUUGUUCUGUCGAUCAACAACAAAUCAUCUCUAUUGUCCUGACGUAUGAGCUUAUUCGUCCAAAACAGGAAAAGCCACCUUUGCUUAUUAGCAUCAAGUGUAACUGUCCUUUAGAGAAUAAACUGUUCCACACAAGGUUCCACAGUAACGAGACAGGAGUCGAUACAAGAUUCGAUGAAUAUUCAACACACUGAGCUUAUUGUGCCAUUAGCAAUAAUGGAGCUGGUGUUAGCUGGUUUUAGCUAAAUGCUAACAGUUAGACUGGAUAGCUCUUCAUGUUAGCAGACCUGCUACGCUGACAGUUACCAUCAUAUCAGAUUUAUAGUCAUUUCCCUCUUUUAAAAAACAUUUAAGUUGUAAUUAAAUGCUGAACUUAGAUAGAUAUUGUACGUUUUGAACAAGGCAUUUAUUGGCUAACUGUUUUCUAGCUAGGUGGUAUGAUGUUUUCUUGCUAAUGUUUUUGUCCUCGUAUUUUGUUUUGUUAUUGAUUAAAACAGCUGGAAUCUCAGCAGCUGUAUCCACUGAUGUGUGUGAUUGACGUUAAACACGUGGCAGAUUUUCGUUAGCUUUCCUCCAACAUGACGUUAACGUGGUAUUAGUAAGCUAGCUAAAGUGGAGAGCUAGCAUGUGAGCAGUUUGUUCAAUAACCAAUUAGCGCUAGCUUGUAUUCAAAGUGCCACCAAGCUUAGAAGUGAAAAAAGUGGCUUGAAAAUGUGUCAGUUGUUCAAAAUGUAAAAAUCGCGUAAACCAAAAUAACCUUAACAGGAACGGAGAGAAGACCAAGUAUACGUUAAAGGGACAGUUCACCCAAAAAUGAAGAUUCCAUCAUUAUCUCCUAAAUGACGUCGUCUCCAGUUGAAUAUGAACGUCGGGCUUGUGGACACUUGAUGACAUCACAGGAGCAGAAUGGAGACAUGUUUUUAUCUGUUGUUUCAUUAAGAAGAAUCAGUCACUAGUUACUUCAGUUCUGUUGGAUUCUCCUGCAACAAAGUUUAACCCCCAUCCAUCAGCAUAGGGGUGAGGGGAUAAUGACAGAAUUUUAUUUUCGGUGAACUGUCCCUUUAAUGUGUCAGAUGUUCAAAAUGUAAAAUGGCGUAAACCAAAGAAACCUUCACAGAAACGGCGAGGAGGUUUUACGUGGAGUCCGAGCGCCUCUGUCAGUGUUGUUGUUGUUACAGUGUUUCGUUAUCUGUACUGUAUCUUCACAUUUCUAUGAGUGUGUGUGUCUGUCAGUGUUGUGAGUGAAUAUUUCCAACAUUCCUCUGAGCACUGGGAGCUCAUUGAGAUCAACGUGGUUCUAGUUGCUGUCGUGUCGAACAGAUGAAACGAGGGAGACAAGCAGGAGGGACAAAGUGCAGGAAGUGAGGAAACCACUAAACUCCAUCUCCCAGAGUCCUUUGCUACAGUGAGCCUGUGUGUGUUGUUGUGGUUGCAUUGGAGGGAUUGGUGUGUCGUGUACAGUACAAGUGAUCUAUAAUAUCUCAGUGUGUGAAUGCAGAUUAGGUGUGAUUAUUGUUAUUGAUAAUUGAUUAUCUAUCAGAAUUUAUUGUAGCUCUUUCUCUGAUUAUUUCUAUUCUGGAAAGGUGUCGGGGGGGUUUCUUUUCUCCAGAUUCUCAUCCACUGUUUGACCCUCAGUCUCAUCUUCAGUAUUGUUUCAGACACAUAUUGUACAUAGGCUAGUAGCUGUGUAUAUUAAUAUAUUGGGAGUUUAGAACUUUCAUUUUCACUUUGUACCCUCUCAUGUCUCCGUUUGUUUCUAUCUUAAAAUGAAAUAAUAAAGUUUGUCAAACAGA